UGGCGGUGCAAGCAUUUGAAAGGAUCAGUGAAAUAUUGAUUUUUUUCUGUAAUUAAGUACCCGAGAUUAAAUAUACAUAACCAAAUACUUAUUUUAGUAUGUGUUAGUGUUUGUAUUGUAUCUUAUUUAUGUGAUUAAUAAGAAAACAAAAAUUUGUAUUUCUGUGGACUUCUCAUAUAGCUCAUAUAGCUUGUUAACACAGUUCAAUUUAAACACGUGAAUGUAUAUUGUCAUGUUACAUAAAAUAUUAAUGUACUGCUGUUUACGGAAAUGUCUGUGCACUACAAAUUCAAAAGUGCACUGGAUUAUGACACCGUUACUUUUGAUGGACUGCAUAUUUCAGUAGGAGAUUUAAAAGCUGCAAUUUCACAGCAAAAGCGCAUAGGAAAAACUUCCGACUUUGAUCUCCAAAUAACUAAUGCGCAGACAAAAGAAGUUUAUGUGGAUGACAAUACUUUAAUUCCAAAAAACACGUCACUUCUUGUGGCCAGAGUACCACUUUCUCAACAGCCAAAGAAACAGUGGGAAGGGUCAAACAAUAAUCAGUCUACACUUCAAAAAGAUGUCUCAGUUAACAAGGGAUUGGCCGAUUUGUCUCGCAUGGAAGGUAGCGAGCAGGAUAAAAUUAAUGCUAUGAUAACUCAGUCAACAUUUGAUUAUGAUCCCAGCAAUUAUCAAAAAAUUAGAGGACAGAACCAACGAGGAGCUGUUCCAUCCAAUUAUAUUUGUUAUAAGUGCCAGAAGAAGGGACAUUGGAUCAAAGAUUGUCCAGCUGCAAAUUCCGGCGAUCCAAUAGAGAUAAGAAGAAGUACAGGAAUACCCCGUAGUUUUAUGGUACCAGUGGAUGGUCCAAAAGCACCAGGAGCCAUGAUGACUCCAAGUGGUACUUUUGCUGUCCCAGCUGUAGAUCACGAGGCUUACUUGGCUUCUGAAAAUGCAGGAGGUGCAGAUACUCCUACAAAUGCACCAGCUGCUCCUGAGCCAACUAUUCCAGAUGAACUAUUAUGCAGCCUCUGCAGAGAUCUGCUCACAGAUGCUGUCAUGAUUCCCUGCUGUGGAAACUCUUUUUGUGAUGAAUGUAUUCGAGGAGCUCUGUUAGAGUCUGAAGAUCAUGAAUGUCCGGAUUGUCGAGAAAAGGAAAUUGCUCCAACAACUUUAAUACCUAACAGGUUUCUCAGGAAUUCGGUGUCUGCAUUUCGCAACCAGACUGGGUACUGUAGGCGAGCGCCACACAGGCCGUCUGCAGCACCUCCUGUUAUAGAACCACCGGCUCCUGUACCCGUCCAACCGGCGAAUGGACCAGCGCAACAAGCUCCCUCAAGUAACGGGCCCCCACCUGCUUUGAAGCUUGCUGGUAUCGAUGGACCUCCUAUAAAUAUGCCGAGAAUCGAUGAGCAACGUGCCAGUACACCGACUAUCGAUGAACGCCGGGAUCCGAUGUCGUCACAAGUGAUGUAUAAUCGCGGACCGCCUCCUUACAUCCCAGCAGUUCCGCCGCCUACGCAUUAUAACAAUCCUGCGUACGGGCGUGCGGGUGCGUACGAGCGCUUCCCGCCCGAGCCCUACCAGCCGCCACCACCCGGUAUUAAGGAUUCGCCUAACGGGCAUGAGGACCCGCUGGAGGCAUUCAAUAGAAUGAUACGCGAGAAAGAGAUGCGAGCGAAGAGGCGGGAAGAGCGCCGACGCGCACACUCUGGCUCCCGCAGCCCUUCUCGCUCGCGCACUCCUCGCUCCCCGCGCUCCCCGCGCUCUCCCCGCUCGCCGCGCUCUCCGCGUUCACCGCGCGCUCGGCCUCGCAGUCGUGCUACGAGCAGGCUCCGAUAUUCUAGAUCGAGGUCGAUUUCUCGGGGGCGCUUGCGUCGGUCGCCUUGGUCACCUCGAAGACGCCGGACUCGUGAUAGAACUCUAUCAUUAACGCGAUCUCCGUCGCCUCGGCGCCGGCACCGCUCGCCGCUGCGCUACCGCUCGCCGCUGCGCUCGCCGGCGCGCUCCCCGCUGCGCGCGCCGCCGCCGCCGCUCGCGCCGCUCGCGCCGCACUCGCCCGCGCGCUCGCCUCGCCGCCCCGACUUGCGCUCGUCGCCGCGCCCUCUGUCGCCGCACAGAUAUGCUGGAGUAUAUGAUGAACUUUUGUCGCCACCGCGUCGAAGUGUUGAGCCACCAUUCGGAGCCAGAUACCCCCCGAGAAAUAAUGCUCCACCCGGAUACCCGCCAAUCGGUAAACCACUUCCGUUGGGUAGCAUCCCUCCGUCGAAUGAACCUCCUUCAGGAUAUAGGGGACGAUAUGAUGGUCCGCCAUUUGAAGAUAUACCCCCAGGUGUUGAACCACCAGUUCCAGGGUUUGAACCAUCACCAUUUGAAAAGCCAACCUUCGGUCCAUCAGGGCCAAUUGAGCGUGACAGAAUACCACCACCUAAUUACAGAGAUCCAUAUAGAGCUCCAUUUGUUGAAGGUCCAACCGGGUACAGAGACGUAACAAGUCUCCCCGCAGUAUCUAAUGAAUUACCUGUUCAUGUACCGGACCAUCCGCCUCGUUAUCGAGAUAAUUUUAGGCCACCGGGUCAUUCCUAUCGUGAUCAAGGGACGGCCUCAUAUAGAGACGGACAACCAUAUCGCGAACCUGGACCUCAACCUCCAUAUCGAGAGGGUAAUUUUAGAGGUGGACCGCAGCCUUUAUUCAGAGAUAAUAACUUUAGGAAUAAUUUGUACCGAGAAAGCAACUUUCGUGAAAAUAUGCCUCAUAAUUUCCGCGAUAACGCUGUACCCUUUCGACCUCCUAGUGCCGAUCCUAGAGAACCCACUUCAGUUGCUUUUAAUGAUUCCAAUUAUAGAGAAAGUUACAGAGAUGAUAGUAAUUCAAAUAGAGAUUUACGUUCGGGAUAUCGGACUAAUCCCCGUAAUAGAGGAAGCUCGAGACGUAACCCUAACACGGAUAAUGAUAGACAUAGGGAAAGAGACGGCCGAGAUAGGGAACGAUUUAAUGAAAAUCGGGAACCAACUGAUCGUCCUGAUAGAAUACGAGAAGUUGAUAAAAGACCAGGCUACGAGAAAAGUAGGGAAAUUCGAGAUGAUCGGAUACGGGACUAUGAAAGAAGUCGAGAUAAUGAUAAAGAACGAGAUCGAGGUCACGAUAAGACAUCCCCGGAAAAGAAAGUACGCCUGUCACCUAAGCGUGGCCGAGAACCUCGUGAGAGUAAACGCGGUGACUCCAGAGGACGAUCACGUGAUCAUGAUAGUAGAAAAGAAAAGAAAGAAGAAAGAACUCGUGAUAAGUCAUCUGCUGAUAGGAAUCGAGAGCACAAAGAUAAGGAUAAAAAAAUAAAAGAUAGAAAAAAGAAAAAGAGAGAAAAGGAAAAAGAUAUAGAAAAGAAAAAGAAACGUGAUAAAAAAGAAAAGAAAGAAAAGGAUAUUUCUAAAAAAGACGAUGAUCUAGAAAAAUCUGAACCAGGUGUCAAAGAAGAACUUAAGUCAGAAUCUAUUCAACAGGCUGUUGCGAAAAUAGAGGCAAUGGAUAAGGAAAAGCUUAAAAAUAUUAAAGAUGAAAAGAAAUCUGACUGUAAAGAAAAAGUGUCAAACGAUCUGUAUGGUGAUGAAGCUGCGGAAGCAGUCGAUAAAGAAAUUAUUGAAAAUUACGUAAAAACAGAAGAGGUUGAAGAAUCUGCUGAUACUAAAACAAAUGAUAGUAAUAAUAAAGAAGAACCAUUUGAUGGCAUAGAACUUCAAGCUGCAACAGAUGAAUUAGAGGUUGAUAUUGAAGGAACAAAUCACGGUAAAGAAAUGCUAGCACCUCUACCAGCUUUAUCAAAGUGGGAAGUGGAUGAAGAAAAUGUAGAAAAGUUGAAAGAACCAGGUGAAAUAACAUCUCCCGACGAAGAGGAAGAUGGAGGCAAAGUGACGUCAGAAGUUUUAAAACGUGCUGAAAAUGCUAUAUUCGCUAAAGCUAUUAAUUCUUUAAGACCUAUUGAAAUAAAAAAAAUAAGUAGCGAUCGUCUAAAAUUAUAUGGCGAUGAUAUUCAAUCAAAAGGUUCCUUAAAUAAUAUUCAAAUCACUGUGCCCGUAACAGAUCAGGAACAUAGAGCCGCAGAUGCGAAUGAAAAGAAAAAAAGGUUUUCUAAAACGCCGCCUCCUCGGCUAUCUAUUAAAGAAAGACUCGGUGGAAAAGUUGACGAUAUUCGUAGGUCAAGAGAACCGCGGAUUGUGCAAAGUACUGUAGAACGUGUAAAAUCUCGAUCAAAAACACCGAAACGAGAACAGGUACCGUACCGAAGAGUUACAGUGGAAAAAGAUAGAGCUCGUAAGCACGAACAUUUAAGUACAAUCGAUGUACCAAAAUCUGAUAGAAGACAUGUAAUUGACAGGUCUAAAUCAGAUCAAAACUAUCAAAUUAAUAGUAGCAAUGAAUUCAAAAAAAGGGAUGGUGGAAAGUCUAAGGAGGAAAAGAAAAGUUUUAUUCAGGAAAGAAAUAACUCUAGAAGUCAUGAAGAACGUGCUGCUUUAGAAGCAAAGAACUUACUCGAAAGGGAGAUAAAAAAAUCUACGUUAGAUGAAGCCCAUUUUGAACCAGAUUAUGAUGAAAAUGUGGAAUCUGAUAAUGAGACGAAAGAGGAGUCUAAUAAGAAACGUGAACGUUCAAGGGAUGAGUCUCCUGUAGGAGUAAGUGAAUCCAAGAAGGCCAAAUUAGACAAUGAGACUAUCAAACUCGAUCUGACAAAUGUUAAAAAGAAACCGGAAUCUGACAGCGAGUCAUCGAGUGAUUCAGAAGAAUCAUCAUCUUCUUCGUCAUCGGAUGCUCGCAAGCGAAAGAAGAAGAAAAAGCGAAACAAGAAAAAGAAGAAACGUGCUGCUAGUGACAGCGAAAGCGAAUCCGAUUCUAGUUCUGACGAUCACAAAAAAAAGAAGAAGAAGCGUAAACAUAAGAAAAAGUCAAGUAAGAAGAAGAAGAAAUAUAAACAUAAGUAGUUUGUUUGAAACAAAACUGCGUUCUUUUAUUUACUUUGUUUUCAAGUCUCUGUCAAACUAUUACCUAAUUAUUCUUGUUAUUAAAUAAAUAGAAAACUAAAAUCUGAAGUUCAGGUAAUAAUGUUUUAGUGCACUGCAUUAUUAUUCUUAUUAUAGUCAUAUAUUUAACAAAUAAACAAUAAAA